AUGAAAUUUUACUUACUUUUAUAUUUCUUACACUUUAAUUGCUAUCAAAUUAUAUUGAAUUCUACUAGAUAAAUAAUAAAUGAGUUUUGUGUCAAUCAUGAAAGCAAAAAAGAUUUAAUUAUUGUUGUAGAAGAUAUAAUUGAAGAAUAAUUGGAAAUCUAAUGGGAAUUAUUGCAUAUCAAUUCAGAUCCUGCUAUGACUGUUAAUGGAUGUUUAACUUAACAAUAUUAAAAACGUGCAUAUGCAGAUUGGGCUGUUAGAUUGGGUAAUUAAAUUUUGGUUGCAGAGAGACAAGAAUUUAAUUUUACACUAUAGGAACCUCGUAAAUUCUAUAAUUUAAUUGAAAUGCCUAUUUUCAAUGCUAGUUAUGUAUUUGUUAUGAAUGGAAUUAUAUUUCAAAUUAAUUAAACUAAACUUUAAAUGAAUUCAGAUUAUUUCAUUAGAGUUACAGGAAUACAUAAUAAAACUAAAAUUUAGUUAUUUUCUUAAUUGUUAUAAAUUCGUAUUAUGAUUUUAAAAGGAGAUCUAAUACCUAAAUAAAUUGUUUCCUUAUAAAAAUUAGUAAAUCCAGACUAAACUUAAAUUAUUUUAUCAACAUCCUUAAUUUAUGAUUGGAAGAUUUUCAUCAAAGAUCCUACUAGAUUUGGUCCUAUUUUAUCAACUAUCUCUGAAUAGAAAACAUCUUUUAUUAAUAUAUCAUUAACACCAACAUGGACUGAUAAAUUAUAUGUAAUAACAAUUAUUGUUAUUGAUUCAGAUGGUACUUAAUACUACUCAACUGAUUGGUUUCAUUAAAUAGGUCAAUAGUGGAUCUCUUAAUCUUUGAUUGAUUGUAAUAUCACAAUUCUAUCUGACAAUAAUCUAACAAAUUGGACAUAAAGAUAUUCUUGUUUAGAAUGGUAAACUGGAGAAUUAAAAGUAUUACUACCCUAAUAUGAUUAUAUGUAUCUAUCCUAAAAUUCAGAUUGUAAUAACAAUGGAUAGUUGCAAUCUUCUUAUUAGCCAUUAUAAUAUUGUCUUUGCAAAGAUAAUUAUACAGGAUAUCAAUGUAAAUCUUAUCUAGAUGAAUUAAAUUAUAAUUAAACUUAAUCUUAUUUCCAUAUUCUAAUCAAUGAUUUUCAAACUUAAACAUUGGAUAAGUAAUUUUAUCUCAAUAAAAAUAGCUCCACUUAUCAAAGAAUACUAUACUUAUUGGUCAAACAAACAUAAGGAUUUGAUUAAAUGUUAUUUGAUUUAGUAAACUCUAAAUCAUUCUAUUUUGGCCAACAAUUACUUUUAAUUUAUGAUACUUUAGCCAUUAAAUCCAUUAUUAAUAAUAACAAUAAUAUAACCUAAGAUAUCUUCAAAUCUGUUUCAAAUAUUAAAAAUUUAUUUGAAAUGACUGGAAUAAUUUCAUACACUAAUUUUAUCUUUUAUAUUUCAACCAUAAAUUAAUUAAAAAAAAUUGAUAAUAAUACAUUCUUAUUAGAAUAUACAUCAAAUACAUUUGUUGAUUAUUCAUCUAAAUGUAUAUUUUUGAGUUCCAGUUUUAUCUUUGCUUAAAUGACACUUUACUCCCCUUAAUUUAGCUAUUUUAUUGGAAAAAAUAUUUAUUCAUAAUACAUGAAUUGUUAAGUCUUCUCAAUUAAUACUAAUCUUAUUUUAAAUAUCAAUACCAAUAUAACUAUUGUAACAAACUAUUUGAUAAGCUAAAUUUAAAGGCCUACUUAAUUAAGAUGCAAAUCUAAUUCUACUAUCAAUUUAUGCAAGAUACAUAAACUAUAUGACAAUUAUGCAGAAUCUAGUUUUGAUUCUUACUUUGGACCAUAUGUAAUUGAAAGAUCACCUAUCCAAAAAACAUUUGAUUAUCAAACAAUUGUAGAAUCAAUUUAAAAUCCAUCCUUUGAAUUAUUAUUAAAUUUCAUAAUUAUAUAAAUUUUAUUUGUUUUAUGA